CUAAUCCCCGUUCCCCGGCGUCGGUUCUCAGGGACCGUAUUAUUCAAGACAGAAAAUAUUCAGCCCCGAGCCUCCCCUGGGGAGGGGAGGGGAAGGAGGUGGAGUGGGAGGAGGUGGAUCCAGGGAGGAAGACGCGAGAAAUCCGCCCCCGGGAAGCGAGCUCCGCGCGCCGCCGCCGCCGCGGAGCCAGGCGUUCCUGUCACUCGGCGAUCGUGGGCGCCGCGCGGAGCGGGGGCCCGGGCCCGGCCAGGCGAGGGGAGAGUCCGGCGGCCGCCGCCCCGCCCCACGCCCUCCCGCGGCGGCCGAGCGCCCGGGGCCAGCCGGGGCAGGUCGCCGCGGUGCCGGGGGCGGCGGCGGCCUGGGAGCGCACGGCCCGCCGGAUCGUCCCGGCUCACGCUGGGUGCGGAGGGCGCCGUCCGGACCGCGAGGAUCCUCCCGCCCCGCUCCCUCCGGUGCGUGGUCCGGCGGGAUCCCCUCGCAAGCUGACGCUGCUGGAAGACCCAUUAUUCGGAUUCUUCGCGGGCCUCCGGAGUAACACUCGCUGGGAAAGGGGACCUUGUUCUGCAGUUGGCCGGGGACACUAGCUUGCCAAAGGGGACUUGUCGCCUUUGUUUUGCAAAUCUGGAAAGAUGGAAGAAGAGGGCGAAGUCAGUUGAAGGGGGGAAACCUGCAUUCCCUGCACCGUGUUUGAAUUUCCCCCGCCCGGCAUCUACUCCCCAGACUUGGUGUGGAAUUGUGUGCCCCUUUUGGUGUGUGGUGGCACCCCACCUCCCCCCACCCCCAAUGUGGACUCCAAAGGAUUUGUCCCUUCUUUGCAAUUUGAAAUGAAAUGAUGGCCACACGUCCGACUGGGCUGCCUGGGGGAGAUGGUGACAAACUCAAGGCCCUUGGGGCCUCUGCCAGUGAGGCAUCGAAAAAUAAAGAUGGAAAAGAACAAAGUGAAACUGUAUCACCAUCCGAAGACGAACCAUUUUCCUGGCCAGGUCCCAAGACAGUUUUGUUGAAGAGAACAUCUCAAGGCUUUGGUUUUACAUUAAGGCAUUUUAUUGUUUAUCCUCCAGAGUCUGCGAUUCAAUUUGCAUGUAAGGAUGAAGAAAAUGGAAACAGAGGAGGAAAGCAAAGAAACCGCCUAGAACCCAUGGACACCAUCUUUGUGAAGCAAGUUAAAGAAGGAGGGCCUGCUUUUGAAGCUGGAUUGUGCACAGGUGACCGAAUUAUAAAAGUCAAUGGAGAGAGUGUUAUUGGAAAGACCUAUUCUCAAGUAAUUGCACUAAUUCAGAACAGCGAUACCACAUUGGAACUUAGUGUUAUGCCAAAAGAUGAAGAUAUUCUCCAAGUGGCGUAUUCUCAAGAUGCCUACCUAAAAGGCAAUGAAGCCUACAGUGGCAAUGCCCGUAACAUACCUGAGCCUCCACCAGUUUGCUACCCCUGGCUGCCAUCUGCCCCGUCAGCCAUGGCACAACCAGUUGAAAUAUCUCCUCCAGACUCAUCUGUGAACAAACAGCAAACCAGUACACCAGUCCUGACACAACCUGGCAGGGCCUAUAGAAUGGAAAUACAAGUGCCUCCAUCACCAACAGAUGUUGCAAAAUCAAACACGGCAGUGUGUGUUUGCAACGAAAGUGUAAGGACUGUCAUUGUGCCUUCUGAGAAGGUUGUAGACUUGUUAUCCAAUAGAAACAACCAUACAGGUCCUUCCCAUAGAACUGAAGAAGUGAGGUAUGGCGUAAGUGAGCAGACCUCUUUAAAAACGGCAUCAAGGACCACAUCACCAUCAUCGAUUCCCACUGCCCAUCUGAUUCAUCAGACUUCAGGCUCCAGAACAUUGGAACCUUCCGGGAUGUUACUUAAAUCUGGACAUUCGGAAGGACUCUCGGGCAGUAGGACUCAAGCAGUGGAGUCUCCUUCUGUAUCUGUCAAUCAUUACUCCCCAAAUUCCCAUCAGCACAUAGACUGGAAAAACUAUAAGACUUACAAAGAGUAUAUUGAUAACAGACGAUUGCACAUAGGUUGUCGGACAAUUCAGGAAAGACUGGAUAGCUUAAGAGCAGCAUCUCAGAGCACGGCCGACUAUAACCAGGUGGUCCCCGCCCGCACUACCUUGCAGGUACGACGUCGAAGCACCUCUCACGAUCGAGUGCCCCAAUCUGUUCAGAUCCGGCAGCGCAGUGUGUCCCAGGAAAGACUGGAGGACUCUGUGCUAAUGAAGUAUUGUCCAAGAAGUGCAUCUCAAGGUGCUCUGACAUCCUCAUCUGUUAGUUUUAGUAACCACAGAACUCGUUCCUGGGAUUACAUUGAGGGGCAGGGUGAAGCCUUAGAAAAUGUCAAUUCAGAAGGUCAAACACCUGACUCCAAUGGGGAGCGGAAACAGACUUACAAUUGGAGUGGGUUUACUGAACAGGAUGAUAGACGGGGUAUUUAUGAAAGACCCAGGCAGCAAGAAAUUCAUAAAUCUUUCCGAGGUUCAAAUUUGACAGUGGCUCCAAGCGCCGUUAAUUCUGACAAUAGGAGAAUGAGUGGUAGAGUAGCCUCUGUGUCUCAGUUUAGAAAGAUUCCACCAGAUCUAAAACCACUGCAAGCCAACAGAAAUUUUCAGACUACCAGUGGAAUGUCACUGCCUCGGGGUAUUUCACAAGACAGAUCACCUCUUAUGAAAGUCCGAAGUAAUUCUCUGAAAGCGCCUUCUACGCAUGUCUCAAAACUGUCAUUCAGCCAGAACUCACUGGUUUCUCUCAAAGACCAAAGACCAGUAAACCACUUACAUCAGAACAGUGUGUUGGGUCAGCAGACAUGGCUCAGAACUGAAAGCACCCCCAAUCACCAAGUGGAGACGGGGAAACCCCUCUGUGUGUCUGGAGCUUCUGCCAAGCCUGGGCCUCAGAGGAAGGAGCACUCGGGUACUUCAGAUUUAGAAUUAUCUGUCAGUGAAAGGAAUGAAGAUGUAAAUUUACAAGAGGCUGACAGUCAGCCCUCAAAUGCUUUAGAGAAUAAAGAACCUGUCAUCCUAAGAGAAAAACCUCCCUCUGGUCGCCAAACACCACAGCCUUUAAGACAUCAGUCUUACAUCUUGGCAGUAAAUGACCAGGAGACUGGGUCAGACACCACCUGCUGGUUGCCGAAUGAUGCUCGCAGAGAGGUCCAUAUAAAAAGAAUGGAGGAGAGGAAGGCCUCGAGUACCAGUCCUCCUGGGGAUUCCUUGGCUUCCAUCCCGUUUAUAGAUGAACCAACUAGCCCUAGCAUCGACCACGACAUUGCACACAUCUCCGCCUCUGCUGUGAUCUCGGCCUCCACCUCUCAGGUCCCCUCCAUAGCCACGGUUCCUCCCAGCCUCACCACCUCCGCCCCUCUCAUCCGACGCCAGCGCUCGCAUGACCAAGAGUCUGUGGGACCCCCAAGCCUGGAUGCCCAGCCCACCUCAAAGACAGAAAGAUCAAAAUCAUACGAUGAGGGUCUGGAUGAUUAUAGAGAAGAUGCCAAAUUAUCCUUUAAGCAUGUAUCUAGCCUGAAGGGAAUCAAGAUCCUAGACAGCCAGAAGUCAUCAGAAGACUCUGAAUCCCGAAAGGAUUCUUCCUCUGAAGUCUUCACAGAUGCUGCCAAGGAAGGGUGGCUCCAGUUUCGUCCACUCAUCACUGACAAGGGCAAGCGAGUGGGUGGAAGUAUCCGGCCAUGGAAACAGAUGUAUGUAGUACUUCGGGGCCAUUCGCUUUACUUGUACAAGGACAAAAGGGAGCAGUUGCCCCCGGCUGAGGAGGAACAGCCCAUCAGUGUCAACGCCUGCCUCAUAGACAUCUCCUACAGUGACACCAAGAGGAAAAACGUGUUUCGACUCACCACAUCUGACUGUGAAUGCCUAUUUCAAGCUGAAGACAGAGACGAUAUGUUAGCUUGGAUCAAGACUAUCCAGGAAAGUAGCAACCUAAAUGAAGAGGACACUGGAGUUACUAACAGGGAUCUAAUCAGUCGAAGAAUAAAAGAAUAUAACAGCCUGAUGAGCAAAGCAGAACCGUUGCCAAAAACGCCUCGCCAGACUCUCAGCAUCAGGCAAACCUUGCUUGGUGCUAAAUCAGAGCAGAAGACUCAAAGCCCACACUCUCCCAAGGAAGAGUCAGAAAGGAAACUCCUCAGUAAAGAUGAUACCAGUCCCCCAAAAGACAAAGGCACAUGGAGGAAAGGCAUUCCAAGCAUUAUGAGAAAAACAUUUGAGAAAAAACCGACCGCCACCGGGACAUUCGGGGUCCGACUGGACGACUGCCCGCCAGCACACACGAACCGGUUUAUUCCAUUAAUAGUUGACAUAUGUUGCAAAUUAGUUGAAGAGCGAGGUCUUGAGUACACAGGUAUUUAUAGAGUUCCUGGGAAUAAUGCCGCCAUUUCAAGUAUGCAAGAGGAACUUAACAAGGGAAUGGCUGAUAUCGAUAUACAGGAUGAUAAAUGGAGAGACUUGAAUGUGAUAAGCAGUUUACUAAAAUCCUUCUUCAGGAAACUCCCGGAGCCCCUCUUCACAAAUGAUAAAUAUGCCGAUUUUAUUGAAGCCAAUCGUAAAGAAGAUCCUCUAGACCGACUGAAAACAUUAAAAAGACUAAUUCACGAUCUGCCUGAACAUCAUUAUGAGACACUGAAGUUUCUUUCGGCUCAUCUGAAGACAGUAGCAGAAAAUUCAGAAAAAAAUAAGAUGGAACCAAGAAACCUAGCAAUAGUUUUUGGACCAACUCUUGUGCGGACCUCAGAAGACAACAUGACGCACAUGGUCACGCACAUGCCUGACCAGUACAAGAUCGUGGAGACUCUCAUCCAGCAUCAUGACUGGUUUUUCACAGAAGAAGGUGCUGAAGAGCCUCUCACCACAGUGCAGGAGGAAAGCACAGUAGACUCGCAGCCAGUGCCAAACAUAGAUCAUUUACUCACCAACAUUGGAAGGACAGGCGCCUCCCCGGGAGAUGUAUCAGAUUCAGCUACUAGUGAUUCAACAAAAUCUAAGGGUUCUUGGGGAUCCGGCAAGGAUCAGUACAGCCGGGAGCUCCUGGUCUCCUCCAUCUUUGCAGCUGCCAGUCGCAAGAGGAAAAAGCCCAAAGAAAAAGCCCAGCCCAGCAGCUCCGAGGACGAGCUGGACAAUGUCUUUUUUAAGAAAGAAAACGCAGACCAGUGCCACAGUGAUCCUAAAGAAGAGCCCCCCAAAGAGAGCGAGACCCCCGGCAGGAAACAGCGGGUCGCGGGUGCCAAAGAGCAGAGCGCCGCCAGGAAAGAGCCGGCGGCCAGGGAGGGGAAGGCGGCCGAGGAGCGCACCCCCAAGCCCGGAGGGCUCCCCCGGCCCUCCCCGGGCGAGGGCCCGGGCUCCGACGCCCGCACUCUGCCCAGCACUCCUUCCCAGGCUUCUCCGGCAAGACCGGCCCCCAAGAAACCCAGCAGCCCCGAGGCCCGGCGCGGCGCGGCCUCCGAGUCCCCGGCCGGCCUCGACUCCAGCCGGCUGAGCCCCGAGGUGCGCUCGGUGGCCGAGAGCCGGGGGGACGAGGCGGACGACGAGCGGAGCGAGCUGGUGAGCGAGGGGCGGCCGGUGGAGACGGACAGCGAGAGCGACUUCCCCGUCUUCCCCUCGGCCCUGGCGCCCGACCGGCUGCUGCCCCGGGGCCGGGCCCCGGAGGCGGCCAAGGGCGGCCGGAGGAACUCGGAGGGGAGCGAGGCGGGCGGCACGGAGGGGAGCUGGACCCCGAGCCUGGACGGCCGGCGGCAGCCCUUCAGCUCGCACAAGCUCAUCGAGUGCGACACGCUGUCGCGGAGGAAGUCGGCGCGGCUCCGGUCGGAAGGCGGCGGCGGCGGCGGCGGCCCGGGCCCCGGCGAGGCGCCCGCGGUCGCCAGGGUGUUCGAGGUGAUGAGGAAGGGCAAGUCCACCGGCAGCCUGCUGCCCUCGCCCGCGCCGGGCCGGCCCGAGGCCGAGCCCACCUGGAGAACCAAGCUGGCCGACCGCCUCAAGCUCCGGCCCCGCGCGCCGCCCGCCGCCGCCGCCGACGACAUGUUCGCCGUGGGGGCCGCGCAGGCCGAGGGCGGCCGGCGGAAGAACAUCAAGCGCCGCCACACGCUGGGCGGCCACCGCGACGCGGCCGACGCGGGCGUCCUGAGCUUCUGGAAGACGCCCGAGCCGGGCGACGCCGCCGCCGAGCUGUCGGCUGUGAGCCGCCUGCGGCCCCGCUGCCCCGCCCAGGACCUGUCCAUCUCCGACUGGCUGGCCAGGCAGCGCCUGCGCACCAGCACCGGGGACCUGAGCCGCGGCGACCCCGAGAGCCCCGGCCCCGCCCCGCCGGACGCCCCGCCCCGCGGCCCCGGCCCCGCCCCGCCCGCCAGGCCCCUCCUCCCCGCGGCCUCACCCGGCCAGGUCAACGGAGACGGCGGCGCCCCCAGGCCGCCCGCCACCCCUCCCUGCCUCUGAGCUCCGGGAGGGGAGGGUUCGAAUCCAUCCUAGCAAAGAACAGAGCCACUGUUACAUGCUCCCCGUCCCGCUGUACAUAGUUCCCUGUACCGGAAUCGUUAUUAUGCAGCCCCGAUGUGGGCUCGUUUCUCCACCUUGCACUGUGAAAUCGCUUUACAGUGCAUCCCGACAGCCAGAAGAACAGAACGUGUAUUUAAAGAUAUAUCGGAUAGUUGUAUAUUUGUUACAACUUACUACAUAGUGUAUACACACACCCCCCCCAUCACUGCGGAAGACCGCCGGCAUUCCUAGUUCUUUUGGUUUUCAUCACUAACAAAAGUGCCUCAUCAUAAAAGUACAUUUGAUUUUUUUUUUAGGGUGCCAUAUUAAAAAAAAACAAACAUCCAUCACUUACCUGGAAUAAAAGAACGUGUCUCUCGGUAACGACUCUCAUGCCAUUGACCAGUUUUAACACAGGUGGAUACAGAGCCUCCAUUCUCUAGUCAUUCCUGGUGGAUCUGAGUUUUAUAUUCAAACUUUUAAUACAGUUUUUUGAGUUUUGUGUGACUUGAAUUUUUAAUCUUUCUGUAAAAUACGUAACUUAAUGAACAUAUUCUAUGUGUAUCUUUUCUUCAGAUACCAGAUUUGAUAUAAAUGUUGUAACAUAGGUGUGUAGAUAGUGGGUCCUGGAUGGAACUGGCCUCUUACCGAGAAGAAUAUAAUUCUGCAUGAGGACUUAAUGAAUCAAACCUGUGUCAUGCCCGUGUGCACACCCAAUUAAACACUGGAAAUAAAAAUCGUUUUGGUGAACUUUG